GUUGGGUAAGGGCGAAAUCACGAGCAUCAGCGAUUUACCUGAGCUUGCAGAUGCUGAUAGGAGUACGAGUAGUGAAGAGCAGGUAUCUGGUGCUACUGCUACCCCUGACGCCGGUAACCAUCAUGCCAGCUCUUCUUCAGCCAGCGCAACUGUUCCAUCCUGCUCUUUCGCCAAAUCUCUGUGGCGUAGAGAGAGACGGUUGUUUCUGUUCUCAGGCCUUUGUCAACUGAUCGUAGUCUUUUCUCAACUCAGCAUCCCAUUAUUGAUCAACUCGUUGCUGAGGAGUAUGGAGGCUCCCACUUCGACUGAAGGGGAGAAUAAUGAUGGAGAAGUUGUUCAGCUGUUUUUU